AUCAACGUAGGGGAUGAACAGUUCAACCAGUGCAACCCCUUUCACACGCGUGGCAUGCGCGGCCGCGUGAAGUGUGCUUCCACGUGAACUUUGAGAGUAUCAUUUUUUCCGAUAAGAUUGUUCGCCAAAUAAUUCUUUCCAGUGCGAUUCUCAAAAAAAAAAUAAUAAGCGCAAAAAAUUGAAAUCGUCGCGCAAAAAUAAUUAUUUAAGAGAAAAAAAGCGGUGAAAAAUACAAUGUCGAAAACAUCGAAACGGGGAUUAAAUUAUUUUCGAGUAUUGUUUUUAAACAAAGGAGGAAUUGAAAAUUUUUUUAUUUCAAAAACCUGUGCGUUAUUACAUUGCCAAAAAUUUCAUUCAACCUGUGAUCUAUAAGUAUUUUUAUAAACAUGAAAUAUUUGACGAUCUCGUGAUUCUUUGUCUUCAGAAUGCCCCUCGUAGGAGCAUGGUUCAAAGUGUGGAUUUAUUUUGGGCUCAUUUAUGGUUGGAGUGAAAGUGCUCGACCGCGUUUUGACACAUCUACGGAUAUGGGAUUGGUGUUAGUUCCAGCCGAUGCCGAGGUCGAUUCCGUAAUAUUUCGGUUACGCGCCACCGAUCAGGACGCAGAUUUUCCCCUCGUUUUCGAAAUAACUGCAACAAUUACGCCCGUCGUAAGAAUCGACAAUCUACCGUGUACGCUAUACAACAAAGUCUGCCAGGCCAAUGUAAUCUUAACGAAACGCCUUAUGCCUGGACGUCUUCACGAUUUUGCAGUCAGGGUUCGAGAUACUAAGGGAGACUCAAAUUCAAUGCAGGCUACCAUUUCUGCAACAAAUGCUACGACGUCGCGUGAUAAAAUAUUUCCUCACAUUCCUUCUUUAAUAAUGGUACCUGAGGAUACUAAACCAGGCACGGAACUAGAUUAUCUUCUCGUUCGAGCAAAUUCUUGGAGCGGCAAACCUGUUUAUAUCGAAUUAUGGCAACCGAAAGAACUUUUUACUAUUCGACAGCGACAAACACCAACGCAAACGCGCGGAGUUAUUACGUUGAUAGGUGAAUUGGAUUUCGAGACGCAAUCAAUGUAUACCCUCACUAUUUACGCGACGGAUCCUUACACGGAACCUGGCAAAGACACUAGAAAUAUCGCAGGCUUAAAUAUUGUUAUCAUAGUUCAAGAUGUACAAGAUGUACCACCAAUUUUUACCUUAGCACCACCUUUAACUAGGCUUAAUAAUUCUGUGCAAACUGGAGACGUAAUAUUACGAGUUCACGCGGAAGAUGGAGAUAAAGGGGUGCCGCGUGAAAUUACAUAUGGUUUGGUAUCCGAAGGCAAUCCUUUCAUACCAUUUUUUAACAUCUCGGAAACAACAGGUGAGAUUAUUCUCGCUAAGCCUUUAGAGGAACUCACGCAAAUUACUCAUGUCGGUGCACCGGUCGUGCUGACCGUGGUAGCUGAGGAAAUACGAAGAUCUAGAGACGAGCCGCCAGCUCAGGCGACGGUCGUCGAAGUCGGAUUCCUUCUUGGAGAACCAGGCAACAGUCCGCCAUAUUUUGAAAAUGAUAACUACAUUGCGUCAAUACCAGAAAACUUGGAGCCAGGUUCCGUAAUAACAUUUGCCGAGCAAUACUCGACUAAAAUUCACGAUGAAGAUAUUGGUAAGGCUGGUGUAUUCGCAUUAAAGUUGCGGAAUAACAAUGGUACUUUUGAGAUAAAUCCGACUGUUGCUGAACGUACGGCAGAUUUUAUUAUCACAGUACGAGACAAUACACUCAUCGAUUACGAGAUGUAUAAAAGUUUAUCCUUUAAGAUCGUUGCUCAAGAGGUUGGUCCAGCGACAAAUCUAUCAGCAACAGCAGCGGUCGUUAUAUUUAUACAAGAUGUUAACGAUAAUUCGCCGAUAUUCGACGAAGAAUCUUACGAAGUUACAUUGUCGGAAAAUGUCACCGUUGGAACACGAGUUAUUCAAGUGCAUGCAACUGACAAAGAUACCGGUCUCUUUGGCAGCAUUAAAUACACAGGUAUAGCAGGAGAAGGAAGCGACGCCUUCACGAUAGACUCUGAUACAGGUUUGAUUACGGUCACAAUGGGAUCAUCUCUAGAUCGCGAAAUGGCAGCACAAUUGCAAUUAACUGUAUAUGCAUGCGACGAGAACGGUAACGGUAACACGGGCGUCGCAUCUUUAAUAGUGAAUUUGCUGGACGUAAAUGACAAUGCACCGAUUUUUGAGAAAAAUGCCUACGAAUUUACAUUAAAUUCCGAUUUGACAAAUUUCACAACACCAGCCAUCAUAAAAGCCACCGACGCCGAUGCCGAAUAUCCAAACAAUGAAAUUCGUUACGAAUUGGUUCAUGGAAAUUAUGAAAAUAAAUUUUAUCUAAAUGAGAUCACUGGAGAAUUGAUAUUACGUUCGCCUAUCACAAAAUUUAGACGGAAGAAACAAAGCGUUUACGACAAAUCUUCGAAAAAAUUAUACAAAGAAUUUUUUCAAUCGGAACACGCUAUACGAGGAAAUAUAACAAAAACAACAGUGUCUCCAGAUGCAAUAAAUGCAACGGAAAAUAUUCUAAACGAAAUCGAAUUGAAACAUAAAAUUAACAAAAUAAAGAAAUCGAAGAAUCGUCGAAGAAGACGAGCGGAAACUGAUAUUCUAUAUACUCUAACUGCCAGAGCAUACGAUCUUGGCGUACCUCAUCUAGCAAGUGAGACAAAGAUCUCCAUUGUCAGAGGAACUGCCAUGGAAGCUCGCAUAAUGAUGUUCGUUGUGCCAGGAGAACACCCAAAUUUAACGAGGACGGCUGAAACAUUAGCUACUAUCACAGGUGGACGAAUUACCAUACUGGACACACGUCCUUAUGUGCCGGAUAAUAAAUCAGGCGUUACAGACAAUGCUGUAUCAAUGAAGGAAGGAAAAAGAACAAUCGUGAUAGCUCGUGUCGAGCAAACCGAAGUCGGCACACCCCUCGUAGAUGUAGAAAAAAUUCGCAAUACAUUAGCUGCAAAUGGGGUGGGAAUUAUUGGCGGCACAGGCACUACCAACGUAUCUAUAACGUACAACGAGGAAACUACCAUGAAACUGCCAAUCGAUGGGGUAAUUCACAAAGGGGGAGAUAAUACGCGGACCUACGCAAACAAAACGAUCACUAACGUUCAUGAGGAAGUAACUGUGUAUAAAGCGGAGAAUAAAUUGCUUUUUUGGCUGCUGAUUAUUCUGGGCCUGCUGAUGUUAUUGGCAAUUGCAGCGCUUAUUAUCUGUUGCAUCUGUCCGGGUUGUCCAUUUUAUAUGGCACCUAGAAAACGCAGAAUAUACUCAUCGGAAAAGCUUAUCACUCGAUCUAAUGGUCGACCAAAACGGCAUCGGAAACCAAUGGCUACAAUCGAGAUUACAUCGAAUGGAAGAAAGCAAGCUUGGAGCGCAGAUCCGACUCGAAGAAACUGGCAAUUUAAUCGUCGAAAUGCUAAGAAUGGUGGCUUGGCAUCGCUCCCUGGUGAUGUCGUGUAUAUUUCGGAGCGUCCUCCCAUUGAUCAAGCAAAUGUAGAGUCAUUAAGGCUACGUGAUGGCCAAACCCAUGAUCCUUCGAGAAAGAGAAGAAUCGAGGAGCAGGAGAGAAUGUAUGUGGGAGAUAUCGAGGAAAAGAAAAUUAGAGAUUACGAUGCUGCAGACGCGGAUUCUUUACAACGACAUGAAAUCGAAGGUGGUUCGGACAUUCUGCAUCAAGCUUACAGACAAAGAUACGUUGAUCCUGAAUCAAAUAAUGAGCCGGUGGUAAGAGAGCAACAUUUUUACCGCGAAGGGAACGCAGAGGUAUUACAGUUAGUAACGCGAGGACAAGUAGAAGAUACAAGUCAACAUCAUUAUCCGACGACUUUUAUAGUGGACGGCAAAGAUGUACUUUUGCAGCGGUUUAUGCAGGAUCAGAAAACACGGCAAGAACUAUUAAUGCAGGAAUCCGAGAUGCUACGCACGGUCGAGUCUCAUCAACAUCCGAGAAAUUUAUAUCAACAUAAGCAGGAGAUACUUCUUCUACCAGAAGAAUUGGAUGUUAAGCGUCGACGAGCAGAAGAAUUAGAUUCCAACGUUCAAAAAUUAGCGAUGGAUGAUGGAUAUGCGGCGCAGAAGAUGGACCUGGAAUCACAAAUGCGAGAGGUUCAUCGUCAAGAGAUCUCGAUGAACAUGCCCGGCAUAUCGGAUAAAACAUCAGUCCCCAAGGAGCAAACGGUGCAAUCUGCAACGAUGCAAUCGUACGCGUUUCAUGAUCUGGAACUGGCGAGACAGAACGUCUUGCUGACGCGAUUACUUUUGGAAAAAGAAUCUAGAUAUGCUGGUGGCAUUCCUAUGGACGCCGUGAGUUAUUUAGAAACUCAAAGUCUUCCUGGACAAGCGGUCAUUGCCACACAGACCGAAAGAACCGCAGCGACUCAAACAGAACGACAUAUACGAAGCAGAAGUGACAAUGAUGAAUCCGACGAAGAUACUCGAAACCGAAAAAAGAUAAAGUCAAAGAAACGCUACGGUGAGGAAAAAUUGAAGAGAACGCGAACCUUAUGGAUGAAGUCGCCUAUCGAGGAAGAGGAAAGCCCAUGCUUCGAUAAACGGUUGAACAUCUUGAGAAAGAAAGUAAAAGAAGUAAAAGAGGGACGAAAGGCAUCCUUACAGCCUGAAGUACUGCAGGAAAUAUCGGAUUCUCUUGACGAGAAUGGAAGCACUUGUCGUGAAAGAGAAGAAAAGUCGAUGGAAACUUGUCAACAGCCUAUCGAACAGUCCAGCAUCGCAUAUAAAUUGUUACGUAAAGAGAAAAGUGGCUCCUCUUCGUCUAUAGAAGUAGAUAAACAAGAUAAGAAAACUUUGGACGAAAAACAAAUGGAGAGCUUGUCAUCGGCAGAAUUAAGUGUCGAUAAUAGAAAAUAUAUCCAAGAAACGAUGGAGAAAAAGAGUUCGAAAAAAGAAAGCAAAUUAAAAAAACAAAAAAAGAUAGAAUCCGUGAUAAAGCCUAGUUUUCGGAUUUUAGAGAAAGAAAUCACGAUGUUGACGAAAAAACUAAACAAACUCGCCGAUAAAAAGGUACAGGAAACCACAAGGGACGAAAGUACGAGUCAAGAAAAAUCGAGGACAUCGAAAGACUUCAAGAAAGAUCUACGUACAUCGAAGAAAAUAGAUGAUUCAAAGAAACGCAAACAGUCUGAAGCUUCUCCAGGUAUAGCGAAAGAGGCAAAGACUGAAAAAUUUAUUUAUCAUCAACCACAGAUUAUGAGUCCCGGCAGUACCGAAUACGAAGAUCCGUUUGAAAAACCGAUGAAAUCAAAAUCGGAAUUUCGUCAAAAAGUUGCGAAGCACAAACAAACAAGUAGCCAUAUGAGAGCAAAAAAACAGACGCAGAAAGAACGUAAAAAACAAAUCGCACAACAGGAUCGGGAGCCCGAAAAACGCAAAGAUGCCGCGAGUAAAGAAAGCAGCAGAUCAAGCAUUGAGAAGACUGCUAAAUUAUUAUCGCGUAGGCAUAAGUUAGCAGCCAUUGGCCGUAGAAAACAUGUUUCGGAAGAACCCAGCACGAAUACAAAUUCCGAUCGAAUAAACGGUAAAAAGGAUCUGUUUGUCAGUCGCGAUUCUGACAAGAGAAGCGCAGAUUCUUCAGAGAUUUCGUCGAAUCACGCGGAUCAGCAAAAACCGAAACAGAAAUUAGAUCAUGUGAGCGAGAGAUUCUCCGAUGAUUUUGUAACAGAAUCGCAAAGAAAAGAUGCCGAUCGGCAAACUGCCGAUUUUCAUUCAACGAUGGAUAUAAGCACACAUAAAAAAGACAUUACAAGCGAUAAAAAAGACAUCAAAGGAAUACAAUUUUCAGACGAUUUUACAGUCGAAACACAGAAAAAAGACAUGGAACAUGAAAUGAAAACUGCUAUUGAAAGUGAGAUUGAGCAAAGUGCAUUUGGUUUCGAUAAUGGCAAAGAUCAUGUAACGUUGAAAGAAACCGUCGAAGAUAUUUUAUUUUUUCAAGAUCUAAAAUAUACACAACCAGAGAUAACAUUAGACACUGGAAAGAAAGGAGAAUUUGAAACGUCUGUAAUAGAAGAUUUAGAUGACAGCAAAAAAAAGACGAUGCCUUUAGAUUCUCCUAUCUUAGAAACGUUAAAAGAGCAUCAAAUACAAAAACCGUCAUCGCAUAUUGAUAAAAGUGAUAUCGAAGACAAAAUAGCUUACGUGUCGAAAAAGCAUGAGAGAGAAACAGAGAAAGCUUUACAUGAAACCGGAAAAGAAAUGUUAGAAAAAGAAAAAAUUAAAUUAGAUGAUACACCUGAAUUAAAAACGUUAGAAGAUGUCGAAAAAACUAUGAAGAAAGAAAUAGAUAUACCGGAACAAUAUGUAAAAAGCUCGGAAAUGUCGAAUGAUGUGAUGGAGCAUCACGUCGAACAAAUAGAAGAAUAUAAGAAGGACGAAUUGUGUAGCGACACUAUCGCAUCAUUAUCAAAAAUGGAAAAAGAUUUAAAAGACGUUAAAGAUGUUACGCACUUAUUAUAUGCAAAAGAAGGAGACAAAACUACUGUACAUAAAUCUGAAAGUGAUCAAAAAGAGGAAUUAAGUCACGAGUCUAUGAAAGAACAUAGUGAAGAGGAAAUGCCUGCAACAAAAAUUACAAUAGAUACUAAACAAGAUGAUGAAGAAAUGAUAAAAAAAUUAGUAUCGAAAGAGGACGAAGAGGAUUCGUCACGUAAAAUUAAAAGUGACGAAAAAAUGAAAAUGACAAAGUCAGAUACCGAUGAAUAUCAAAAUGUUAUUGAAAAACCGGAAGAGAUUCCAAAAGAAUAUGUGACUCAAGAUUUAGAAAAAAUGCAGAAAGACGGAGAAUCAAUAACUGAAACAUUUGAAAAAUCAUUCGAUAUUAGGCAAUCAUCUAAAGAUGAUUCUGUAAAUUUAACUGACAUUCAUCACGCGUUUUCAAUCGAUGAUAAAACAUUAAAAUAUAUUGACGAUACUAGUCAAGAAGAUGAUUUAAGUCAAUCUGAAUCUGGUGAAAUAACACAUGUUGUAAAGGAAGAUAUCGAUACAGACAAAUUGAAGCGCUUUGAUGAUCUCAAUGCAAAGACAGAGGUUGAGAGCCAAAAAACUGAAGAAGAAUCGCAUAUGACUUCUCAAGAAAUAUCCAAAGUGCAAGAAAUAAAAUUAGAAAAAACGAUUGAAUCUGCGAAAGAAAAAGAAGAAUUAUUUCUCGAACAAUAUAAAGAAAAAGAGGAAGAAACAUCUUUAGUAAAGGAAAUACCGGAUGAAGAAGUAGAAAAGAUACUUGAUAAAGAACUAUCUACUGAUCAAUUACCGAAAGAUAUAGAUCUAGAAAAGUCAACUAUCAGUGAAUCAGAAAAAUUGGAUAAAUUUGCGACAGUUGCUGAGAAUAUAGACGUUGCAGAACAACGAGGCAAUGGAGAGCACCAAACAGACGUAAGCGUUCCAAUUUUUAGAAGCUUUAUUGAUGAUACAAUCGAUGUUUCGGAGGAGAGCGACUCAUCCAGUGAUAUUUCCAGGAAAACAACGCUGACCAUGAGACCCUAUGAUACUCCACGUCAUCGGCAAAGGUGGCAGCAACAAGAAAGCCUUGAAAUAGCGGGUAUGCCUGAAAUAAAAACUUUUAAAGACGGAGAAGAUGCAAGAAUAGAAAUGGAAACGGAAGAGGAUACAGGCAGCAACGUGUCGCUCGAUGAAAUUGAAAAUGUAGAAGAUUCGAUCGCGAUUGAAGCAACGAUUAAUGAAUCACAGGCAGAUAUAGAGAGCAUUACUACAUCCGAAAAAAUCUCUUUCAACGGUGAAAAAAUUUUAUCCGUAUAUGAUUUGAAAAAAGUAAAUGAGAUUAAAAAGGACAGGGAUUUUGAAUCAAAAUUUGAAGAAUCAGAAGCUAAUAUAAAAUCGGAUAUAACAGAUUUAUUGACAACAAUUCAAGAUAAAGUUCUCUCAAUUGUAAGCGCUAAAGAAUUAAAUGACACGUUAAAAGAACAUGUUAAGGAUGAAAUCGUUCCAAUAACAAAAGAGGAUGGAAAAUGUAAAAGUGAGAUAGCCACACCUCUUAAGAAGAUUGAAAAAGUUUUCGAACCUAUGCAACAAAAUGACAAAAGUGAAAUUAGAUCGCCUUCAAAACAAGUUGAGCAAAUAGAUCUUACAGAAGAUAGAAAAAAAAUCUUAGAGAAAGAUACCAAAGUAAAGAAAACGAGAAUAAAAAAUUCUCUGGACAAAAUCAAAACUGAAGACAUCGGGGUAGACAAAAUAAAAAGUAAAGAUAGUAAAAGCGGCACUUCGGAAAAGCAUGAUGGAAAAACGGAGCUUUUCGAAAACUCUGCGAAGAAAAAAAAGAAAUCUGAGCGACUAAAGAUGCUCUCACUCGGUGAGAGAAAAGGCGUUCUCGACGAAAAGUCAAAAGAAAAGGGUACGCCAAGUCAUUCUCAUCGAUCUCGUAAAUCCAUUGAUGGCGAUUCAGAAAAGAAAUUUAGAGACGGCGAAUCGCAGAACCAAUCAUCGCGAGGCGAAGAGGAGCAUCCGCAAAAACAAGCGUUGCCUAAAUCAAAAUUCAAGAAGGACAAGAAAUCUACAAUUCCCCCGAAAACUAGAGAGAUCGACGCGAGUAAAACGCAAUCGAAAUACAUGGCUUGGUAUAAUAAAAAACGCGACGAGACUGAGAAGAAGAGAUUGGAAAAGAAGACGGCGGAAGAUGAGGAACAGUUACCACGUUGGGUAAGUAGAGGCUUGAAACAAACAGCGAAGCAAAAAGAGAAGCAAAGUAUAGAACACAAGACUCCAGAAGUGACGCCUCGUACGAGACGCAAGAUCAAGCCUUUAGUAAACGUCGAAUCCGAGCAGUUGAAAGCUAUCGUGCGUCAAGGACGGCGGUUAAGAAAAGCCGAGGGUAAUCUUGAGGAAGAUCCGCCGAUCCAGAUAUUCGCCAGAACACCGCCGAUUUCUACAGACACCCAGCAUCGUUUGCUGCAACACUCGGAAUAUAAAUACGAGAGGGUACCGCCGCCCUUCUACCUUCAUCCCCCCCCGCCAGCGCCGCAUCCAUCGCCGCAACCGUCACCGGAGAGAUCUCUCGAAAUACAUCCAUCUACAUCGCAAUAUGAGCAAUCCGAGGAGCUACAUUCGGAGAGCAUUGUUGCACCGUUCCCAAGUGGCACUCGUCUACGUCAUCAACAGCUCCUCGAAAAGAAAAGCGUUUUCGAUAUUGCGUACAGUGAAGCCGCGCCAUCGCAACUCCGAUCCGACAGCGCAACUCCACCGUCUUAACUUUUUUGGAUUUUUAGAUUAAUUAUUUCUUUUAUACAAAAAAAUAUAUAUAUGUAAUUUAUAAUUAUUUAUUUGAUAAAUGUUAUAUACAGAAUUAUUUCAAUGUAUCUUUAAUCGCACAAUUAUGUCGAUUAAAAUAAAAUAUUUAUCUAUAUGCAUACAUCUAUAGGCCAUAGGCAAUCAGAAUAUAGCAAAAUCAUGUAUAUAUAUUUUCUAGCAUCGUCUUACUAUUUUUGACAUUAUUUUUUACUUCUUUAGUAAAUUCAAAAACUUUUAAUAUGAACAAUACUUACCAUGAUUAUUUAAUAUCAUGACAAAAAUAACCGUCAUAAUCGUCUCUAAUAUAGAGAUUUAACUAAGAUGUAUAAAAUAUUUCCUGCAAAGAACAAGAGAAAUAUAUACAUAAUUGUUCGUAGCAUAGUAUAGUUUGUUUAUGUUACUGCCAAUAAAUAAUGAUAUCAAUUUAUCUUUAAGUAAAAUGCAACAUGAAUUGCAGCGACUAAUUUUAUAUGUUAUUAUCCCAGUAUAAUAAUGUUUAUAUAAUAUAUCAAUCUUUGUAAAUAUAUAGAUAUAUAAAAAUAUGUAUUCUAUGUAAUUAAUAUCCUUCUAUUAAUUUCGCUUUUUUUGUUUCUUGAUAAUUUAAAAUACAAACUAGAGAAAGAGUAUUCAACUUUUUUCGCGGCUUAUAAUUAGUAAUUUUUAUUUCGUAUUCGGAUAUAUUUAAAGUAUUUUCAAAUUCAAUAUAAAAUUCAAAAUAAAAUUUGCAUAAAUUUCUCUAUAAGAUUGCCAAUAAAAUAAAUUUAAAAAAAAAAAAACAAAUUUUUUUAAAGAAAAUAAUUUUCAAUGGACUACAAAAAGAACGUAGCUGCAUAAUUUAGAAAAUUAAAUAUUAAUUUAUAAAAAUCGGUUCGCAUAAUUCUUUCAGACUAACAUUAUUUAAUAAAAAUUUCUACUAUUUAAAUAAAUGUGUAUAUGAGAUAUA